UAUCACUUUACUCGAGCUGUAGCCAUGGAAAUGGACCUAUUUUGCUCAUUUCAGUGUUUUCUUCUCCUUUCUCUCGUCAUUCUUUACUGUUUCUUCUUCAGUUUACACCAUAAACGGAAAGUAAACAAUCAUGGCUUCAAAAGCUACCCCAUACUCGGUUCCUUGCCUGACUUCUUGAGAAACCGGCAUCGGUUCCUCGAUUGGACGACUGAGAUCCUACGGCAGUGUCCGACUAACACCGCCGUGUUUCGCCGUCCUGGGAAGAUCCAUGGGGUGAUAACGGCGAACCCUUUGAACGUGGAGUAUGCUCUGAAGAACAACUUCAAGAACUACCCGAAAGGGGAGCGGUUCAUUUGGAUGCUCAACGACUUCCUCGGCCGGGGAAUCUUCAACUCAGACGGCGAGGUAUGGAAGAUCCAAAGGAAGACGGCAAGCUACGAGUUCAGCACCAAAUCGCUUCGCAAUUUCAUGAUGGAUUGCGUCAGGGUCGAGAUUUCCACCAGGUUGAUUCCUGUCCUCUACCAGGCUUCCCAAACCAAUCAGGUACUUGAUUUGCAAGAUAUUUUGGAGCAAUUCGCGUUCGAUAACAUAUGCAAAUUGGCUUUCAAUGUCGAUCCCGGUUGUCUCGCCGGUGCCGGAAAUGGUUCUCAUUUCAUGCGUGCCUUCGAAGAGGCUGCAACGCUCAGUUCCGGCAGAUUCAUGUAUGCUUUCCCAUUUCUAUGGAAAUUAAACAAGCUUCUCAACAUUGGAUCGGAGAAAAACUUGAAGAAAUCGACCGAGAUCGUUCACGACUUCGCCGAUAACAUCAUAAACACAAGAUUGCAAUCUAAAGAGGAAACCAAAGACAGAGACUUACUCUCCAGGUUCAUCGAGAACGACGACAAUUCACCUCAGUUUCUCCGCGAUAUCAUCAUAAGCUUCAUCCUAGCAGGCCGAGACACCACAUCUUCAGCUUUUAGUUGGUUCUUUUGGUUACUAUCACGAAACCAAAAUGUCGAACGAAACAUAUUGAACGAACUCGAAACGAUCCGAACACGGAACGGAAAAACCAUUGGCGACGCGUACACAUUCGACGAACUACGUGACAUGCACUAUCUUCACGCGUCGAUUUCCGAGAGUAUGAGAUUGUACCCGCCGGUUCCCGUCGACACAAAAGCUUGUCUAAAUGAAGACAUACUUCCGGACGGUACAUUCAUAGGGAAAGAUUGGUUUUUCACGUAUCAUGCGUAUGCGAUGGGGAGGAUGAAGGUGAUAUGGGGCGAGAAUUGUGAAGAAUAUUUUCCGGAGAGGUGGCUCGAUGAGCAUGGGAAGUACAGGCAAGAGAAUCCGUUUCGAUUCCCCAUAUUCCAUGGGGGACCAAGGAUGUGUUUAGGGAAAGACAUGGCUUAUAUUCAGAUGAAAUCCAUUGUGGCAGCUGUGUUGGAGAGGUUUGUGGUUGAGGUUCAAGGAAAAGACAAGAGUCCCCAACACUUGUUGUCUUUAACUCUUAGGAUGAAAGGUGGGUUAUCAAUCAGGGUAAGGGAAAGAUGAGCCC